GUGUUUGCUAACACAAUGCCAAGAUGGAAAGACAUCAGCAACGACCUCAGAGAAGGACAAGUUGCAGCCCAGCUAUCCGGAAAGGUUUCUAAGACCAUUUCCAAGCAAGCUAAAGUCCAUCAUUACACAGGAUAUUAGAUUAUUUACAAGUAGAAAACAUUUCAGACAGCUGCCAAGCUUCCCAGGUGUGGACAUCCCAACAGAUUCACUCCAAGACCAGAGCGGGCCUUGGAGGUUAUAAAAACCCAGGAGGUUCUUAGACUCUGCAGGCUUCAGUUAAUGGGUUAUGGUCAGAUCGACAGAGGAGGCCAAAGUAGAGGUAAAAACAGAAAAUUAUCAAAAACACCCACAACUACCUAUGAUGCACAGUGGUGGAGGGCUGAUGAUGUGGAACAUACGCCAGGACUUGUGGACUUGAGCUCGCCCUAAACACCAUCAACCCAGACAUCCUCCACUAGAAGCUCAUCCAGCUCACAGUACCAGCCUCCAUGGAUCAGCAGCUUCCUAACUGACCUGAAGCAAUAGGUGAUACUUGGGAGAAUAUUACCCUUCACAAGAACCACCAGGACUGGCAGUCGCCAGGGAAUGAUUUCUCCCCAACCCUCUUCUCUCUGUAACAAAUGAUAGCACCUCAGUGGAUCCAUCUGUAAAACCCCUGAAGUUUGCAAAGGACGCCACUAAUCUAGGAUGGUGACGAGUCUGCAUACAGAUAGGAGGUGGAUAAGUUGGUCCACUGGUGCUGUCAGAACCACCUGAAGCUUUAAUCUCUUAAGACAGUUAAGACAGACUGGACUUCUGGAGAACUCCCUCACCAUCCUCAACAACACUGAGUCUGCUGUGGAUCACUUCCGGUUCUUAGGAGCUACCCUUUACGACUUGAGAGUGGACUUCCUGCUCCAGCUCUUCCCCAGGAGCUGCAGAGUGUUUGUGCAGGAACGAGGAGGAGCGUCUGAUCAACUACCUGUUCAAGGAGAAAGGGUACAACAGAGAGCUGAGACCUGCUGAGAAACAGCAGGAUGUCGUUGAUGUCUUUCUAACCAUGACUCUCUCCAACCUCAUCUCUUUGAAAGAGGUAGAUGAGACGCUGCUGACAAACGUGUGGAUCGAGCACACGUGGACUGACUACAGGCUGUCCUGGAACACCUCAGAUUUUGAUGGCAUCGACACGCUCCGCCUGCCACCCAGCAUGGUCUGGCUGCCAGAGAUCGUGCUGGAAAACAAUAAUGAUGCCCAGUUCCAGGUGGCUUACUACAGCAACGUCCUGGUGUACCCAGAUGGUCUGUGCUACUGGUUGCCUCCUGCCAUCUUCCGCUCCUCCUGCUCCAUCAAUGUCAACUACUUCCCCUUCGACUGGCAGAACUGCACGCUGAAAUUCACGUCUCUGACAUACAACGCUAAAGAGAUCAGAAUGCAGCUGAAGGAAGAGGGCGACGAAACCAAUAAACAUAUGGUGGAGUGGAUUGUUAUUGACCCUGCAAGCUUUACAGAGAAUGGCGAGUGGGAGAUCGUCCACCGGCCGGCCAAGAAAAACACCUACAAGCACAUUCCCAAGGAGAGUAACAAGCACCAGGACAUCACCUUCUACCUGAUCAUCAAACGCAAGCCGCUCUUCUACAUCGUCAAUGUCAUCGCCCCCUGCAUGCUCAUCUCCUCUCUGGCUUCACUGGUCUACUACCUGCCUGCUGACAGUGGUGAGAAGAUGACGUUGUCCAUCUCCGUGCUGCUGGCUCAGUCUGUCUUCCUGCUGCUGAUCUCUCAGAGGCUGCCUGAGACGUCCACGUCGGUCCCUCUGAUUGUCAAAUAUUUGAUGUUCAUCAUGGUUCUUGUUACGAUCGUUGUGUUGAACUGUGUGGUCGUGCUCAACCUGCACUUCAGGACUCCCAGUACACAUGUCAUGUCUGAAUGGACCAAGAAGUUUUUCCUUGAACGCUUGCCCCGGAUCCUCCAUAUGUCCAAUCCUGCGAAUGAUGAGCCGGUGUGGGAUGGAGCGUUGCCACGGCGAUCCAGCUCGGUCGGCUACAUUGCUGCAGCAGAGGAAUAUUACUGCAUCAAGUCCCGCAGCGAGCUGAUGUUUGAGAAGCAGUCAGAAAGACACGGACUGUCAAAACGGCACACACAUGCUUCAGUUCUGAAGCCGCAGGAAAGUGACGCCAUGACGGAUCAGCUGUACGGGGAGAUUAAGCCAGCAUUGGACGGAGCGAACUACAUCAUCAAACACAUGCAUGCCAAGAACGACUACAACGAGGAGAAGGACAACUGGAGCGGUAUCGCUCGUACUGUGGAUCGUCUCUGCCUGUUGCUGAUCACUUCGGUGAUGACAUUCGGCACCAUCAUCAUCUUCCUGACGGGAAUCUGUAACUAUCCACCACAUCUGCCCUUCAUAGGAGACUCAUACAACUACAGCGACGAGAAUCCUCGCCUGCUGUAAUAUCAAUGCUCUACACACCAGCUGCGUCGCAGCUCGUUCUGUUUGUUCUGCUCUCUUAGCACCAGUUUUUAUUGACUUUUUCAGCUUCAUAUUUUAGUCAUCUAUGUUUUCUGGGCUUGAAGUGAAUAUUUUAUGUCAGGUUUGGAUAAACUGUUGUUUUAAAACCUUGUGCUCAGUCUGUCUCCUGGACAAAUAAAACAUGUGUUUUGAAAA